CAUUAUAUUAUCUAUGUCUUUGUUUGGUACUCAGUCUUAUUUCGAGAAAGUUUUAAUUUUUUCCACGACCAGCACGCAUACUUUUCCCCUUUUAGCGCCUCCAUUCAGGGACAGCCUAAUCGUAGAAUGACCCAGUUUUCAGCUUCGGCAGAUAACGAUGGACGCUGGUGAAGAUCGCUUGUUUCUGGGAUUUGAUUUUAGCACACAACAAAUCAAGGCAGAAGCAAUAAAUGACUCUCUGCAACUUGUAAAUGAAACAGCAGUCAAGUUUGACUCCGAUCUUCCAGAAUUCAAAACUCAUGGUGGGGUGCACAUCCACAACGAUAAUGUCACAGUUACUGCCCCUAGUAUCAUGUGGGUCAAGGCCUUUGACUUGUUGCUAGAUAAAAUGAAGAAGGAUGGUUUUCCCUUUCACAAAGUGGCAUGCAUUUCAGGGGCAGGGCAGCAACAUGGCAGUGCAUACUGGAAAAAAGGUACAAACCAAAUCUUAAGAAAUCUUGAUGACAAAAAACCUCUCCAUGAACAACUACAGAACUGUUUUUCGAUCCCUGAUUCUCCUAUAUGGAUGGAUGCCAGUACAACAAAGAACUGCCGUGAACUGGAAGAAAAAGUAGGCGGUCCCUUGAAACUAGCAGAAAUAACUGGUUCUCGUGCUUUUGAGAGGUUUACAGGGCCCCAGAUUAUGAAGAUUUCUCAGACAAGACCAUCUGAGUACAAUGACACUGAGAGGAUUUCAUUGGUCAGUAGUUUUGCAGCAUCCCUUUUGAUUGGAGAUUAUGCUCCAAUAGAUUUGAGUGAUGGGUCAGGAAUGAACCUUCUGGACAUUAGAACUAAGAAAUGGUCACCAGAAUGUCUUCAGGCUUGUGGAUCAAACUUGAGUGAGAAGCUGGGAGAACCAGUGCCAUCCAAACAAGUCAUUGGAAACGUGAGCCAGUUUCUCAUUGGUCGAUAUAACUUUAGUCCAAAUUGCAAGGUUGUGGCUUUUACAGGAGAUAACCCAGCAUCCCUGGCAGGAGUGGCGCCUAAACUAGGUGAUACAAUUAUAAGUCUUGGGUCCAGUGAUACAGUUUUCUCCUGGCUGCCGAGUCAGACUGUGGAACUGGAUGGCAAUGUCUUUGUUAACCCCAUCGACUCCAAUACUUAUAUGUCUCUAGUCUG